CUGAGAUCGCCCCAUUCCAUUGCGCGAUGGCCGGCGUUGACUUUCAAGGGCGGUAUCUUGUAUACUGAAGCCAGCGCCUUCCAGGGAUGCUCGACAAGAAAGGAUACGGCACCACUUACUGGAUAUCUCCCUUAUGAUGAAGAGGAUAGACUCGAUCUCGUCGUCGACGUCCAUAACGAUUUCAAUGAGGUAUUCAAUGGGGCAGUGGUCGUGGUUAGGGUUCAAGACGUCACGAAGCUUAUUAUCUAAUUUCAUUUUGUUUAUUUUUCCUCCGUUCCGGAAGGGUUGGAGCCCAUUGCCGGUCCUUUCCCCAAGUCGAUCUCAGCGGACAGAUAGCUUUUCCGAGUCCGGCUUCCAUGUUGGUCCCGACUAUCAUCAAGGGCAUGUCUCGAGGAGGCGCCAGCGCACUGAAACGAACUCGACAGAUCGCGUCGCACAUGAUGUCGACGACGGCCGAGGAAACGGUUAAAUUCGAGUCUCUUUCGGAGUUGCGGACGUAUACACUCAAUCGGCCUGAAAAGCUCAAUGCUCUCGACGAGCAAAUGCUGGGUUUGCUACGACCCAAAAUCGAGUCUUGGAGCAAGUCCGAUCUAUGCGGAGUAGUUCUGGGUAGAGGUACUGGGAGAGCGUUCUGCGCAGGCGGUGAUGUUGCUAGUGUCGCGCAGAACGCGGCAAAUCCUACAACCAGGAAGCGCGCCAUCAAGUUCUUCAAAGACGAGUUUGAACUGGACUAUUUGUUGGCAACUAUACAAAAACCAUACGUGGCUUUGAUGGAUGGCAUCACAAUGGGUGGUGGCGUCGGACUGUCUGCGCCGGCAACUUUCAGAGUAGCUACCGAAAAUACAUUGUUUGCUAUGCCGGAGACUGAUAUCGGCUAUUGCCCUGAUGUCGGAGGCAGCUACUAUCUUUCCAGGCUUGAUGGCGAAAUAGGGACCUAUCUCAGUCUGACUGGCGCCCGUCUAAAGGGCAGAGCGGUAUUUGAACAUGGCCUGGCCACUCAUUUUAUUCCGUCCCGUCGGAUUCCCACUGUACUUGAAGCCCUGGCUGGUGUGGAGGCUGCCGAUUACGACACUGCGUGUGUCGAGGUCAAUGGUAUUCUUGAGGAGAAUUCCGCAGAACGGGAGUCUGACGAACCAUCUUCGCUGCUUGUUGGGCCUACACGCGUCGCUCUGGACUCUGCUUUCCGUCACGACUCAGUGGAGAAGAUCGUGGACGAUCUGACCAGGUUCAAGUCCGACAAGGACGAGAUGGUUAGUGGUUGGGCAUCCAAGACGUUGGAACUUCUGGCGCUCCGCAGCCCCACGAGCUUGAAGGUCGCUCUCGCAGCCAUCCGUCGUGGCCGAGAUCAGGACCUAUGGGAAGCACUUAACAUGGAAUUAAGAAUAGCUACCGCUUACUGCUCAGGCGCCAGUCCGGACUUCAUUGCUGGCAUCACCGCCAAGCUCAUCGACAAAUCCAAAGGACCACCACAGUGGUCUCCAAGCUCCGUAAAAGAUGUCGCAGAUGAUAUUGUCUCGCGAUUUUUCUCGGCCAAGUCUGCAUUCCUUACUCAAGCGCCAAAAUUAUAUCUUCCGGAGAAUGAUGUAACGCCAAAGGCAGGAACUACCAAAGACACUGAAGAUUCGACCAACAAAUCCGGUACUUCAUUGCAGGAGAGCACGGGAAGUGUGGAAAGCGGUGGGGAUAAGAAAGGCAAGGAAGGUGUCAUUCUCGACGGUCCAGAUCGCGAUAUAGGCCCCCCUCCUGACUUCAGUGCUAAACCUCACGCAUACCAUAAAUACAGCCUGCCUACGGAGAAAGAAAUCGAAGCCAUCGUUCGGGGCAACGAUAUUGACUCACCAGGAACAGGGUAUACCAUUGACGAAGUCGUAGAAAAGGUUCUUGAACACCACAACGGGAAAAUGGGGAUCCGGGAGAAGGUGCUUGAGAUUGUAGAACGCAAGUGCAAGAUUGUGGAUAACGCGGACGGUAAUUUUGUGUGGGUAAGCUGGAAGUAAAUUUGUAUCUAGUCGAUGGAUUUGGAUGGAUAGAUGACGAAGCUCCAAUUUCACUGCUUA